UUUUAUUACGUGUUUUAAUUUCCGAAGCGUGCCACAAGGAGUUUUUAUGGAAAACAUAAAGGGAGUGACUUUUAUUACAUGCAUACAAUGCUUGUGAAUUUAAGCAGCAUUAAAUGCCAUGUUUUAUUUGUGAUUCCCACUGUCGGCGUUUGGGUUUUUUGUGGAUCUUAAAAUAGCACUGAAGCGAUACCGGAUGUUUAUAGCAGACGGCGUUUUGUCAAAACUGUCAAAAUGGAAGAAAAAAGAAAACGCAAUCCCAACUUUUCGCUGCAAGAUUCCUUGCUUCUUACCCAAAUAAUGGGAGAGACGCAUCCCGACUUCCAUGAUAUGGACAUGUCUUUCCACAAGGUUGAUAAGGCUAGAUUCAGCAAUCGAAUCAGCAAAGCAACAAAGAAUGCACUGUGGGUGGCAGUUACUGAAAAUUUCAAUGCCAGAGCCCAGUUUAGAAGGGAGCAAUCCAUUUUGGAGAAAAAAUGGGAAAAUCUACAAAGGGAUCACAGAAAUCUGUACAUGGAUUUCCAAAGAGAAAUUUCAUUGACAGGGCGAGGUCCAAUUGGCAGAACAUUGUCUGUCCUCACAGAGGCAGUAAUUGAUGUUAUUGGAAAGCAGAGUGCGGCAGUUGUUGGGGCAGCAGGAGCAGCAUAUGACUCAACAUUGGCCUCACUUAUGCUUCCUCAACAGUUUGACCUAUGUGACAGUGAAGAAAGGUGAUUAUUUCUUCUUCUGUUUGUGUAAUAUAUAUGUUUCAGAUGUAAUCAUUAUAAGGCAUGACAAUCCAUACUCAUUCGGGGUAGUGGGAACAAACAGCUUUUCUAUUUUAGUCAUGUUUACUUAAAACACAUAAUUCACAUC